CCAUCUGAGCCUUCAGGAGAACCUCUAUUUACAAUUUUAUAAGAGCCUCGAAAAUUUGAAAAACUUCUAGAAAAAAUUGAUUUCACAGAGUUAUUCCUUCCAUAAUACUUUAAAGUUUUAUAACACAGCAUCUAGAAAUAAAAACAAAUUUUGUUCAGAACCACAAAACUCUACAAAGUUACAACAAUUAUUCUAUUAAUAUUGUUAUAGAAGAAAUGAACACUUCGAAAAUUUACGUGAGAAAUGUCAACAAAAAUAAAAAUUUUUUAAAUGUCAUUAUCAAUCACUUUACCUUCCAGCCAACUAUGCAUUGUGGGUCACUGCCUUCUGCUCCUGAUUAUGAUUAUAUUUCAAACGACAUACAUUUUCCGAUCGUUUACGAUAAAUGAUCUAUAAAAAUUAACAUAUGGUAAUUUCAAAUAAUUUUUUAUAUGCGCUUCUGUAUUAUUUUGAAUCAUUGCAGUAAAUAAAAGUUAUUUAGUGGGAAAUGAAAGGUGUUCUGAAUGUACUGGGAAUUCCCUCUUCUACCAGUCCCAACAUAGCUGGCUCGCUUGCUGCUUGCUGGCUGAACACCUUUUCCACGAUGUAUAUGAGUUUUCAGAAAACUUGCUUUUUACAUUUCAAAUCAUUUAAUAUAUGGCAUAGAAACUGUAUGAUACAAAUUUUGUAUUCUUGAUUAAGUGUUGAUUUAGGUGAAAAUAUUACAAAAUUUAGCGUUAUACGAUGCCUAAAGGAAAGAAGAAGGGAAAGUCAAUGGGGGGAGGUAAAUCCCGUGGGGAAAUCUUAGGAACAUCAGAUGAAGACUCGCUGAACGACAACAAUAGUGUAAUAAGUUUGAAUUCUGAUGGAACGUAUUUAGAUGAUGGAGUAGGCUUCGAUGAGCCAGAUGAGCAAGCCCAAAGUGAUGUUUUUGAAGAAAAAUUGAUGGAAGCAAUUGAUGGUCUUACCCAAAAGUCAGCCCAAGGUAGAACAAGCUGUCUCGAGUCAGUAGGAGCAUCUUUAACAAUGAAAUAUAUACCAGAAUUUGUUCUUAAUAGGAAGAUGACCCUUACAGAUUGUAUAGAACGCUGUCUGAAGAAAGGUCGGGGUGUUGAGCAAGCUGCUGCUGCACAACUUGCCACACUCCUAUGCGUGCAACUUGGCUCUGGCGAUUACACCGAUGAAGUUUUUAGGGAAAUAUCGCCAUUGUUGACUCUUAUCUUACUUGAUCAUUCAAUGUCUGUUAUUGCGAGGUCCAAAUGCUCUUGGGCUUUGGGAUUGCUAUCUUUUCUCGCUAACACAGGCGAUGUGGACGAGACGAUGUCCACAUUAGAGAGUAUAUUUUCUGGAUCUUAUAGAAAAGGUGAUGGAUCAAUUCCAACCGUAGCACCCGAGAUAGCUUCUCUUCAUUAUGCUGCUCUCUCUGCAUGGAGCCUUCUUUUGACCAUCACUGAUCUUUCUUCAUUAUCAUCUCUUCCUACUCUCAGCCAGCUAAGUGGACUCCUGGAUUCGACACAUCUGGACGUUAGAAUGGCAGCUGGUGAAGGUAUAGCCCUACUUUUAGAACAGGCUCGGCAAGUUUCUGAUGAUUGGUUAUUGGAGGUUGAUGAAGAUCUUCUAGAGAAGCUGAGACAGUUAGCGACUGAUUCCCAUAAGUAUAGGGCAAAGAAGGAUAGAAAGACUCAACGAUCUUCAUUCAGGGAUAUACUUAGGUUUGUUGAGAAUGAUGAACCACCCAACAUACAAGUGAGAUUUGGUCAAGAAGCUCUUGCAUUAGAUUCCUGGAGUAGAAAAAAACAAUAUGAUGCCUUUUGUCAGGUCCUAGGAUCAGGCUUGAAUUUACAUCUUAGAGAAAAUGAUUUGUUGAGGGAUAUACUUGAAUUAGGAGAAAAAAUAUCACCCCUCAAUAUGAAUGCGGUCAAGCAAACAAAACUGGCUAGGCACCUGAUGAAUGCCGCUAACUUCAAAGCAAGAAGCAUAUCAAGAGCUAAAAAUCGAGAUAAGAGAUCUGCUGUUGUCAUCAUGUAAAGGCAUUCUUCUUUUCUUGGGAUCAAGCAUUUUCAAUCGGUUAUAUACUACGUAUGUCAUCAUAUUCAUCUGUCACAUUAAUUAAUUAAAAAACAUUUGAAUAAUAUGUUGUUUGAAUAAUUAAAAAAUAAUAAUGACAUUGUUUGGAAGCUUUAGCAAUAAGAUAUACUGUAUUUAUUUUAUUCCACUAUAGAUUUUAAAUAUUGAUUGGCUGUUUUUAUUCUCAGAGUCGCUAUUUUGUUCUAGUUUUCCUAAUUUAUCUGUUGUACAUUUCCUUUUCUGUUUGGAUUGUUAUUAUUAACAAAUGUUAUUUAUUUUUAAUAGAAUAAAAAAAAAUGUAAAAAUAGUGUUACAAUUAAUACCAUAAUGCAUGUAAAGCAUAUUGUUACCUGAGAAGGGCGAGUUGUUAUUUUUCUCUUUUUAAUUGUAUUGAAGAAUUAUAAUUCAUUUUUUUCAUUACUUUUAUGAAAACCACCGUAGUGAUUAAUUUUCUAUCUGUUAUUCAAAACUCUACUGUAACUUUUGUCAACAGAAUGAAAACGAAAAAAAAAAAUUGUGUAAAUUGAGAAAUAUAUUUAUUUGCCUAAACCAUCUUUAUGGUAUAACAGUGUUCAUAAAUCAAAAUGUUUUUAGUGGAUAAUGUUAACAUGUUUUUGUGGAAAUUACUAAUGAAGUUUUAAUGAUUUUCUUAAAAUUACAUAAUUUUGGAAGCUAGCUGUAGCUGUUGAUAACAAAAAUGUUCAAUUAACUGAAUUUACUUUACAAAUUCAUCUGUUUUGUACCUGAAAGAUGAAAAAAAUUAAAUUGAAAGUUUUUAAUUUGUGUAAAAAUGUUCAAUCCUCCAUCUAUUCUCAUAGUUUAUUGAUGUUAUGAAGGAUAUAUCUUCAACACUGAAGCAAGAUUUAAUAUAAACCAUCAUAUUUCAUUUUUAUUACUAUAUUUUCCAUUACUAUACUUUCAAAGGCGAUAUAACAAUUUAAUGUUUCUACAUUGAUACAUGGUUGCAUUACAUGAUACGCUAUGUUUAGGAAUAAUAUGGAUAAAAACAUAAUUCAGUUAAUCAAAUUAUUCUCCAUUAUUUGUGCACAAAAACAGUUGGUAAUAACUUCUUUUACAAAAAUCUCAACAUUACAAAUUGUAGGUAAGUAAUUUUGUGUUAUUUUGUUCACCAGAAAACUAACAAUUUAUGUGUUUCACCUAGAUAUUGCCUAUAAUGGUAAAAUUUUAAUUAUUACAGUUGGAGAACUUUUUAUAUUAUAUAAUAAAACACUUUAUUUGGUAUAAAAUUAUUUACUAAUUCAGUUUUGAUAUAUUUAUUUAAAAUAUUUUUUCUUUUGUUAAGGGAGGGCAAAAAGGAAGGCAAAGUAUGUUAUGGAUGAUAUCCAAGAGAAAUUAAGAUAUAAUAAGAAAUGCCUUUAAAACAAUAAUUGGGCUGCUAACUAAAUACUUUUAUAAAAACAAAAUUCCAUGAAUAAAUUUAUAUCACGGAAUAAAUAUCACAUAGCAGAGCAGUUGCAGUUAACUUCAGAUAAUCGAGAUGCAAAAAUAUUAACUAUUAGAUUGCAUAAUAGAGAUAUAAAUAAUUAUGUUACUAAUUUAUUUAAAAAAAAAUAUAUUUACAUAUUUACAUUUCUGAUACAAAUUUAUACUUUUCAUUAUUUGGAAACUAUAGAAAUAAAUGAGGAGAAUCACAAAUUUGGGGUUGACUGAACUGGAGUAUCAGAAUAAGCAAGAGCAGUUAUAGCUUUCUGAUGACCGCUGUACUCUCUCUCAAUGUUGCCAGUAUCCAAAUUCCACAGGCGUGCAAUAUUAUCUGAGCAAGCUGUAAAUAA